AUGGCGGCAUCAGAGACUGGUGAUCUUGGAUAUGACCAUGACAACCUGCGGCAUGUCGUGAUUACUGCCACUUGCUUUGCGUUGAUCCUUUCUACGGUGUCGGUUGCCCUACGUCUGUACUGUCGCAAGAUCACGGGCACCAAGGUCUUCUUUGAUGAUUACCUGAUCAUCGUGGCAUUGGUUUUCGAAUAUGCAGUGUCACUGGCUGGAGUUGUCUUGCUGUAUAACGGACUGGGCACUCACAUUAUCUACGUUCCUCCUUCAGAUUUGACUCUAGCCAGCGGCAGCUUCCUAUACACACUAUGCAUCGCAUUCACGAAGCUCUCCAUCCUCGCGUUAUACAAGCGAAUCUUUUCCAUCCGACCGAUGAUACUAGCGGCCAACUCUGUUGGGGCAAUUGUCAUCCUGUGGUGUUUCGGGGUAUGUCUGAUCGGGGGCGUCGCAUGUAUUCCAUUGGAGAAGCUUUGGAACCCGGCGAUUCCCGGCGGAUGCAUCGACCUGGCCAAGUUCUACUAUGGGCUCCAGAUCCCGAACAUCGUGACUGACGCCGUCAUCCUGGCGCUACCGAUGAAGCACGUUUGGAACCUUCAGGUGCCGCGUGCGCAGAAGAUUAUGUUGACAGGCAUCUUUUGCCUUGGUGCUUUAACGCUUGCCUUUGACAUUGUACGGCUGGUGACACUAAUUGAGCUUUCAAAGGCCGGCAGCGAUAUUACAUAUGACCAAGUACCCGCCAGUGUGUGGACCUGCAUUGAGCCCGCCGUGGGUAUAACAGCUUCUUGUCUGUCAAAUAUGCGACCACUGUUUCUUUCCUUGACACAGUUGCGCGACAAGAUGCCUCGUCUGUUUUCCCGACCGUCACAGAUUGAAGCGGUGGAGGUAGAGGACUCAAAAAUCGUAUUCACUCAAACUGUGCGAGUCAACAGUAGUCACGCUGACGAGUCGGACACGGCGUGUCGCAAGGGCCCUUUUGCUGGAACGCCAUCGCCUCUAUCAAUAGGGACUAGUGUAUCGACAGAUUGA